UUCUGGCUUUUAGGUUUAAAAGGGAUAGGGUAAAGGACUGAAAGUAAGAAGACCAGCUGAAACAACUGCCUUAAGGAUGGAGAUACAAGAACUUGAAUUAUCAUUUGGAUAGCUCUGUUCAAAAGCUUUGCACCCGCUUUGCAGGUCCAGUGAGUGGCAGCAGUGGGGCCCUAAGGUUCUGGUGUGAUUCGUUGGGGUCACAACUGCAUUUCAUCUGCACUGACUACAAAUAAGGAAAGGAUGAAGAACCCCAAAGGUGUUGAAAACCGUGUGCUGAAGAUGACAGAGUGGCACUCUUCUGUUUUAGAGUAAAAGGAGAAGUAGCUGUGGUGACAGACACAGUAUGCCUCAGUUUGGUUAAUGGGAACACUGGGAGAGAAGAUACCACCUUGCAGCUCUGGAGCCCGGUCUUGGACAGGUGGGGAUAAAGGGACUGGAUUCAUGCAUUGAGCUCACACCCUGCCCCAUAAAUUACUCACUAAAAUGCAGCUUAGCCAGUGAUCAAGCUGCGAGGGGCCUUGAUCACGCACUCGGACAUCAGGCCUGCCCUACUGUUAAAACGCUGCAUCUGGAGGUGAUGUCAAAGAGCAUGAGUGUGGGAAGAAUCAACCGUUACAGUAUUGUUUCGUCGGAGGAAGAGGGCCUCCGCCUCACUACCAUGCAUGGCAUGAAUGGCUUUGGGAAUGGCAAGAUCCACACACGCCGCAAGUGCCGCAACCGCUUUGUGAAAAAGAAUGGCCAGUGCAACGUGCAGUUUGCCAAUAUGGACGACAAGUCACGACGUUACAUGGCUGACAUGUUCACCACAUGUGUUGAUAUCCGCUGGCGAUGGAUGCUAAUAGUCUUCAGUCUUGUGUUUGUUAUAUCGUGGCUGGCUUUUGGGUUGGCUUUUUGGCUCAUUGCUUUGCUACACGGAGAUCUGGAUAACCCAGCUGGAGACGACAACUUCACCCCCUGCGUACUACAGGUGAAUGGAUUUGUGGCUGCGUUUCUGUUCUCCAUUGAAACACAGUCAACCAUAGGGUAUGGUUACCGCUGUGUGACUGAGGAGUGCCCAGUGGCAGUCUUUAUGGUGGUUUUCCAGUCAAUAGUUGGCUGCAUCAUUGACUGCUUCAUGAUAGGUGCUAUCAUGGCUAAAAUGGCAAGGCCUAAGAAGCGGGCGCAAACACUCUUGUUUAGCCACAAUGCGAUCAUUGCCAUGCGGGAUGGAAAGUUAUGUCUUAUGUGGAGAGUGGGAAACCUUCGCAAGAGUCACAUUGUAGAGGCUCAUGUCAGAGCACAGCUAAUCAAACCUCGCAUAACUGAUGAGGGGGAAUAUAUUCCUCUAGACCAGAUAGACAUUAAUGUGGGGUUUGACAAAGGAUUGGACAGGAUUUUCUUAGUUUCACCCAUCACCAUUCUCCAUGAGAUAGAUGAGGAGAGCCCUCUUUUUGGAAUCAGCAAACAGGACCUGGAGACUGCAGACUUUGAGAUCGUCGUCAUCCUGGAGGGAAUGGUUGAAGCAACUGCAAUGACUACACAGGCUCGCAGCUCCUACCUGGCUUCAGAGAUUCUUUGGGGCCACAGGUUUGAGCCAGUCCUGUUUGAGGAAAAAAACUUGUACAAGGUGGAUUAUUCACAUUUUCACAAAACGUACGAGGUGCCGUCCACCCCUCGCUGUAGUGCCAAGGACAUGGUGGAGAACAAGUUCCUUGUGCCUAGCUCUAACACCUUCUGUUAUGAAAACGAGCUGGCCUUCCUAAACCGGGAUGAGGAGGAGGAGGAGGAUUUAGGUGGAGGGAGCAGAGGACUGGCAAAUCUCAGUCCAGACAGGAACAGCCGGCAUGAGUUUGAACGUUUACAGGCCACCAGGGCGUUGGAUCAAAGAUCAUAUCGUAGAGAAUCAGAAAUUUGACUCUAACUCAUUGACCAAGCAUCAGAUUCCUUUAACCUUAACUACGGAAAAAAUGCAGAACAAUGCAAAGUGCCAUAGGAAGAUCUAAGAAUGGGAAAGGAACAGGAAACAAAUAGAUAAUCAUAAAGAGGGAUUUGGAAAUGCAAGUGCGUACAACUUAGAAAAGAAGGUAAUGUCUACAAUCAAGAGAAAGAAAGACCUUCUUCCUACACAAAAACUUGAAUGUUUUUUAUCACGGUCAUUUUGAGUUAAGAAUGUUUAAUGCUAGUUCAUCGGCAGGACCUUAUGAUACAUGAUACAGUACAGACCAAAGGU